AUGGCUGCCGAGAACGAGAACGUUGCAGCUGGUCUCGCCGAGGAGACCAAGGGCAAGGGAAAGGCCGUCGCCGCGGAGGAGUCCGUCGAGAAGAGUGACCCCAUGGACGAGGAUGAGGAGUCUAGUGAUGAGGAAGAGGCCACCGAGGUCGCCGAAGCUGGUAAGAACUACCCCCCGACUGCUACGAAUCUAGCUUGCACCUGCGGUUCUGUGACUAACAUGUCUGCGAUCACAGUCGACGAGGAGGAUGGCUUGGAGGAGAUUGACCUGAGCAACAUUGUCGAGGGCGGUCGCCGCACCCGCGGACGUGUCAUCGACUUCGCCAAGGCUGCCGAAGAGAACCCCGCCGAGGAGGAGGACGACGAGGACGACGAUGACUUUGCGGCCCCCGACGACUCCAAGAUGGAAGAGGACUGA